AUGUGUCAUCUAAGCACUAUUUACUAUUAUGACCUGCAGGAAGACGUCUGUUUCCAAGGUUAUCUACGACACCUGUCUUCCUCUUCCACCCCGGCCCCUCUCACUACUGCUGAGCAACAGCUCCAUCAGAUUAAAAUAACAGAGGACAAAGUGGCACGGGAUGAGCGAAGACGGAUUGCCACUGUAAGUGGACAAGCAAAGACAGAGAUCAGCGUGGAGAGUAAAAAUCCAACUUUGCAGGGUUUGGCGUUCCCAUUGCAAGAAGAGGCUAAACAUGCUUUACAGCAACUUAAACACAAACGCAUCGACUACAUUCAACUAAGGCUGGACACCGAGCGAGAGACAAUUGAGCUGGUCCACACUAGUCCUACAGAGACCAAAGAGCUGCCAAGUAGAAUCCCAACUGAUGCCCCACGAUACCACUUUUUCCUGUACAAACACGCCCAUCAAGGACAGGCACUGGAAGCUGUAGUUUUCAUCUACUCCAUGCCUGGGUAUAGUUGUAGCAUCAAAGAAAGGAUGCUGUACUCCAGCUGUAAGAAUCGACUGCUGGAUGAGGUAGAGAGAGACUAUCACAUAGAGAUCGCCAAAAAGAUGGAGAUUGAUAGUGGAGAGUGCCUGACAGAGGAUUUCCUGUAUGAAGAAGUUUACCCGAAGCAGCAAGCUCUGAAACAAGCCUUCACCAAGCCAAAGGGCCCUACAGGGAAACGAGGGAACAAGCGUCUAAUCAGAGGAGCUGGAGAUGAGAGCUAG